GCAACAAUUCACAGAUGUAAAUGAUGUUUACUCAAGCUCACAAACUGUAAAAUAUGGGGUACCACAAGGAUCUCUAUUAGGACCGCGACUAUUCAAGAUAUACGUUGAUGAUCUUCCUGAUAAUGUAAGUGAAGGAUGGGUGUAUAUGUUUGCCGACGAUACUACUGGAUAUGACAUUGGAGAUAAUAUUGAUGUAGCGACAGAUAAAUUAAAUCAAAUGACCGGGAAAAUAUACGAAUGGUGUAGGGAAAAUAAGAUAACUGCACAUAUAGGCAAAACAGAAGCAAUGAUACUGUCACAACAGCCCUUUUAUGGUCCAGUAAAACCGAUAUGCUUUGGAGAUGAACAGAUAAAACUUGUAACAACAACACA